GUAUAAACAGACUGCUGGCAGAAUGAGAGCACAAGAGACUUAUCCUUGGUUGGAAAUGUAGCAAGGACACAAUUUAAUUCUACAGUACUGGUGCGGGAGAGGAUCUGAGUAGCCUGCUUAUACUGAUGAUCAUGCCGUGACCUCUGACUGCACUGAAAUAGCAAACAACUGGAAUCAAGGCCUUGUCUGAUAAGAGCGCACAGUUUCACUCCGCUUGGGACUUUGACACAACAGCAAGUGGUCUACAAUGGAGAAGGAGGACCAAAAUGGGGCCAGUGUUCAGCUUGAGGACCCAGUCACUAGUCCGGAUACACCAGAGCCCUCUGGGUGUAAGAAGGGAUGCCGUUUCCUGCCUGCUGAUGCUUGGGAAGAAGCCCGACAGCUGCUGGCACUUGCUGGACCAACGUUCCUUUCACAGCUCAUGGUCUUCAUGAUAAGUAUAGUGAGCUCCAUAUUCUGCGGACACCUGGGGAAGGUGGAACUGGAUGCUGUAUCUCUGGCAAUUGCGGUUAUAAACAUUACUGGUGUUGCUGUCGGGAUGGGAUUAGCAGGCGCCUGCGACACUUUGAUAUCACAGACGUACGGAGGACGCAACCUAAAGCUUGUAGGAACUAUCCUGCAGAGGGGCAUCUUAAUCCUUAUGCUUUUCUGCUUUCCUUGUUGGGCCCUGUUUAUUAACACUGAACCUAUUUUGCUCCUUUUUAAACAGGAUCCAGAAGUAACCAGAUUGACCCAGAUGUAUGUACUGAUUUUCAUACCAGCCCUACCGGCUACAUUUCUGUACAAUCUACAGGCAAAAUAUUUGCAAAACCAAGGCAUUGUUCUACCUCAAGUCUUAACGGGACUCACAGCAAAUAUCUUCAAUGCUUUAAUAAACUACAUUUUCCUGUAUGUGCUGAGCUUGGGAGUUAUGGGCUCUGCUUGGGCAAACACCAUAUCUCAGUAUAUCCAGAUGAUUUUGUUGUUUCUUUAUAUCAUAUGGAAAAAACUUCAUGCAGCCACCUGGGGAGGUUGGUCCCGAGGGUGCUUUGAGGACUGGGGACCGUUUAUACGUUUGGCUAUUCCCAGCAUGCUCAUGUUGUGUAUCGAGUGGUGGGCAUUUGAAAUCGGAAUCUUCCUGGCAGGAGCGCUUGGCGUGGUGGAACUUGGUGCUCAAGCAAUUAUAUAUCAGACAGCCAAUAUUGUGUUCAUGGUGCCUGUGGGUUUCAGUAUAGCAGCCAGUGUCCGUGUGGGACAGUCUUUAGGAGCGGGGAACAUCGAACAAGCAAAAAAAUCAACUGUAGUUGCCUUGUUUAUGACAGAAACAUGCGCUCUUGGGUGUUGUAUCCUGCUUGCCAGCCUGAAGGAUGUGUUGGGUUAUAUUUUUACGACGGAUAAAGAGAUCAUCAGCCUGGUCAGCUAUGUGCUCCCUGUGUACGCGGCAUCUCACCUGUUCGAUGGAUGUGUGGCCACAUGUGGGGGCAUUUUACGGGGAACUGGAAAGCAGAAGAUUGGAGCCAUUUUCCACAUGGUUGGUUACUAUGUGAUAGGCCUUCCUGUGGGAAUCACACUAAUGUUUGUAGCCAAUUUUGGAAUAAUAGGUUUUUGGUUAGGAGUCCUCCUAUGUGUGAUGAUACAAGGAGUUGCCUUUAUUAUAUUUGUAUUUAAAAUCGACUGGAACAAAGCAUCAGAAGAGGCUCAAGUGCGGGCCAUGCUUAGAAUGAAGAGGGCUAAGGACAUAAACAACAAAUCAGCUAUUUAUCAGAGUGCGUCUCCAUCAGAUGAAACAGAAUGUCCAGGAGAUGUGGAACUUACUGAACUGGGUUGCACAGAGAGACAGAUUUCAGAACCUGCAGUAAAUGGGACGCCGCCACAUUCAGUCACGUUAACCAAAUCUCAGCUUGUGCUGCGCCGUAUGCUGGCCCUUGUAGCUGCAGUUGGGAUACUGGUGAUAGGGGUUAUAAUAAGAUUUUCUAUAUGAACUUGUUUUUUUUUCUAGACAAAGAAUGUGUUUUCUCAGAACAGGGAAUCACUUAUGUAUUUCAGUGUUAGCUAAGAGUUUGGAUUUUUUUUUUAAAUAUCUGAAGAACUUAUUGAUACAGACAAAGAGACGCUCCGAGGUGCCAACUCCAACCAAAAUACAGAAAGUAAAGUUUAAAGGGAUACUAAACCCAAUUUUUUUCUUUUGUGGUUAAGAUAGAGCAUGAAAUUUUAAGCAACUUUCUAAUUUACUCCUAUUAUCAAAUGUUCUUCAAUCUCUUGGUAUUUUUAUUUGAAAUGCAAGAAUGUAAGUUUAGAUGCCAGACCAUUUUUGGUGAACAACCUGGGUUGUCCUUGCUGAUUGGUGGAUAAAUUCAUCCACCAAUAAAAAAGUGCUAUCCAGAGUUCUGAACCCCCAAAUAACUUAGAUGCCUUCUUUUUCAAAUAAAGAUAGCAAGAGAACGAAGAAAAAUUUCUAAUAGGAGUAAAUUAUAAAGUUGCUUAAAAUGGCAUGCUAUAUCUGAAUAACCAAAGAAAAAAUUUGGGUUCAGUGUCCCUUUAAGUCAACUGUGGAAUGGAAAAGAGUAAUAGAAAAAUUGCUGAUAGAGUUAUAACAGACAUCCAGAAUACACAGAGACUCAUAGUUCUGUUUUUUAUUUCAAAUUUUUCUUUCUAUAGAAAAAUCAGUGUGUGUCUUAAGUCAAUUAUGGGAGCCUCUUACUUUCCUAAAUAAAAAAAAAGUGGCACAAAACACUUCACAAAUACAUUACAAAGUAGUUACACUCAUAUUAACACUGUCUAAUAAAAAUUAGUUCUAAAAAAUAAUGCACACAAAAGUUAUGUGCUCAAAGAUAUGAGAUCUCUUUAACAUUGAGAUACAUACAUGUCUAAAGAUGUAUUUGUAUGUAUCUAUAUAUAUGUGUGUGUGUGUGUGUGUACAUAUAUAUUAAUGUAUUUAUAUGUGUAUAUAUGUAUUUACAGGCAUAAUAUAUAUGUAAACACAUAUAGACAUAUAUAUAAGCGCAUUAGAACUUUUUGCCAUUAAGUAGAUGAAAACAUGAUAAAACAUAUCUUUGCAAUAGUCAUAGUUAAUAAAGAUGUUAACUAUGUAGUUACUUUUUCAACAUUUUUGUUUUCUCCACUGACUUCUAUGGGCAAUCGAAAAAUGCAAUGGUGUUUGCGCGAUCUAGGGACUUAGGUUUUUUUUUCUACUUUUUUGUCUCCAUUGAUUUCUAUGGGGGAAUACAUGCACGCACAUGUGAAAACUUAAGUUAGGAUUUUUGCACUAUUCGGGUUAACGCUUGCGAAAAAUAAAACAUUUUUUAACUUGUAAUACGAGCUCAACCCGACUAGCGCAAAAAGCUUAACUCUAGCGAAGUUUUCUAAAUCGAGAAAACACGUGUUGUCGCGUCACUUGUAACCUAGCACUGUUUAAUUUGUUAGAGCACGUUGUAGCUCCAGAGCCGAACUUUAGCUAUGUAUUCAACACCUUUUAAAUACUAAGGGCCUGAUUCUCUAAAGCUCUUUGGUCAGGUAAGAUCCAUCACAAAAUUCUAGAAAGGCAAAUUUCUAGAUGUGGAGAGACAAGCACAGUACAAUGUAGCUCUGCUUGACAUGGAAGUUUUGUUGCAUUUACAUUUUUUGUACAUCAGACCUCCUAUCUGUCCCUAUUUGAGAGUGACAGUCCCUAAUGCUGAGCUCUGUCCUGCUGUUCCGAGACAACCAUAUGCCCUGAAUUGAGAAGUUCCCUUAGCCCCACCCACAGACAGACUAGAUAAGCCAUGAAUCGCUCAGACACACCCAUGAUCACGCCCACUCCCAACAAGACCGCACCCACAGAACUGCAACAGUUCCCCUCAACCUUCUGAGUUUAAAACUAUUCACAAAUGUUGGGAGGUAUGAUAUUUUCAUUUACUUUAGACUUCAGAUUUUGUUCUUAAGAUUCAUUACAUUUAAACAAUGUAUUUUCCAUUUGGUAUUUAAAUUAAUUUAGAUUCUGUAUACUGCAGUGUAUUUAGGAUUGUGAUUUUACAAAUUUUCAUUAUACUUUGACAGUUUCUGUGUAACUUCAGCAAAUAAGGAUUAUAUUCUGUACAUUUCUGUGUAUCUUUUACAAAUUACAUUGCACUAUGUCUCUUUUUUUCUAUGUGAAAUUGAAUUAUGUUUGUAUUAUGCAUUUUUGAUUGUGCAAUUAUACUGUAUUUAAUGGUCCUUUAAAGGGACACAAGUUUUCUCUCAUUUGUGUAAAAGAACAUAUUUAAAAUAA